AUGCCGUCGUCCCCUGCAUCGUUCGGCAAUGACUUACCUCGAAGUAAUGGAACAAAAGGAUGGGUUGUGGGUGGGAGAUUUUGUGAAGAUUCGGCUAGGCUGGAACUGUACAGCUCCGAUCGAGGACGUCCUGAUGAAGUCAACUUUGAUUUCCCACCGACCGCAGUAGAGUCCAGACACCUAGAUGAAACCAAAGAAGAUGUCCUAGUUUUGGACUUUCUGGAAGGCGAUCGAGAGAAUCCGUUCAAUUGGAGCUGGGCUCGAAAGAGCUUCAUAUCGAUCCUCCUCUGCCUCAUGACGUUAUUUGUCGGUCUCGCUACCACGGCCUACAGCUCGGGCGUUACGCGCAUGACACGAGAUUUGGGCGUAUCGACUGAGCUCGGUCAGCUAGGGCUGUUCACGUUCAAUUUCGUAUGCGCCAUCGCGCCAUUAUUCCUGGCACCAUUCUGCGAACUUGUUGGAAGAAGAGUCGUGUAUGUGGGUGCAUAUAUUUUAUUUGCCGUGACGUUCAUUGGAUUGGCGCUUGGCAAAAAUAUAGCUACGAUCCUGGUAUGCCGGGCGCUCUUAGGCUUGUUUGGAUGCGUUGGGACAAUUUUGGUUGGAGGAACCUUUAGCGAUAUGUAUAUGCCCGAUAAGCGAGCAACACCUAUGGCGGGCUUCUCCUACGUGGCUAUCCUAGGUACGGUAGCUGCUCCAAUAUACGCAGGCUUCAUUGAUGAAACGAUCGGAUGGAGAUGGAUUGAAGGAAUUCAGGGGUUAUCAAAUAUACCCUUGCUCCUGCUGGUCGCAAUUUUCUUGCAGGAAACGCGCGGCGGCGCCAUUAUACAAAAGCGGGCAAAGCUGUUCCGCCAGCAAACAGGUGAUGAGCGAUACAAAGCCAAUAAUGAGCUAGAAGCUCCAACUCUAAAGCAUAUGCUUCAUAAUUCCUCUGUCAAAGCAAUUCACAUGCUACUGACAGAGCCAGCUGUGCUUGCUUUUGGGCUAUGGAUCGGCUUCGCCUGGUUCGUGACAUUCCUCUUCUUGUCUGUAAUACCAAUCACCUUCCAAGAAAAACGUGGUUGGAGCGAAGGAAUCGCCGGCCUACCUUACAUCUCUCUCUGUGUUGGUACCAGCAUAGGCUUCGUGACCAAUUUCAUUCAAAUCCGCAAGUACGAUGCUAUAUCAGCGGCUCGGCAUCGACGACUUGUCCCAGAAUCACGCCUGUAUGGAGCCAUGUUCGGCGCCAUCUGGCUCCCCAUCGGGCUUUUCAUCUACAGCUUCACGCAGUAUGGAUACUUGCACUGGAUAGGGCCGACGGUGGCACUGGCCCCGAUUGCCAUCGGCAUCUUCUACAUCUUUGAGUCAACCUACAGCUUCACGUCAGAUUGUUAUGGGGAGAACUCAUCUUCAGCAAUCGCGGGUCAGGGUCUCUUGCGGAACACAUUGGGUGGGGUGGCGCCCCUAUUCGCAUCACAAUUUUUUCAUAAUGUUGGGAGUCAGUUUGCAGGUCUCAUUCUGGCUUUGGCUGCCUCGGUGCUGGCAUUGAUUCCCUUUGUUUUCUUCAAGAAGGGAAAGCAGAUCCGAGCGCGGUCAAAGCUGACAAAGCCGCAGCAGGGAGACAAAUCCUAA